UGUAAGCUGGGGUUGAGAGGCGAAGCGACUUGGGCAGAGGUGAGUAGCUGAUUCGAGCGUGGCCGCCCCGGGUCGGUUGUCGAGCCCAGGAAGACUGAUUAAGUGUUUGAGCUUCUCGUUUCCGAUCGCCCGAUGUGUGUUGUGGUGCUUCUGUGUUGAAACGUCCCGGGUUGACUUUGUGCGCUGCCUGCGCCUCUGCGUUCUGGCUACCUCUGCACCCACAUCCCCUUCCCAGAGCAGCGGAGAACUUGGGGUCCUGCGUAACAGCGAAGCAACGCUGGCCUCGAUCCAAGUCCUGGAAUGCCAAGUACGCAUCUCCGUGUUCCCAGACUGACGGUUAGCAACGCAGUUAAACCGUAAUCCACACAUUGAGAAGGCGUGCAACCAUUAAGACGGAGGUGUUCGAACUGUGUGGGACCCAGUGCUGAGCUUGGCUCUCUCUCUUCCCCUCUCCUCUGCCCCGGAGGAGAAGGUGGCAUUGCCGUGGCUCUGGGAGCAUGCUCAGGAAGGCUGGAGCCCCGCUCGCCCGGUGCUUGCACCACACUGUCACCAUGGCCAAACGGUUGCCUGCUCGAAGGCUGGAUGGAGUGGAAUACAACCCCUGGGUGGAGUUUACCAAACUCGUCAGAGAGUAUGACGUCGUGAACUUGGGACAGGGCUUCCCCAAUUUUCCACCCCCAGACUUUGCCGUGGAAGCUUUUCAGCAGGCCACCAGCGGGGACUUCAUGCUCAACCAGUACACCAUGGCAUUUGGUUACCCACCACUGACAAAGAUCCUGGCGAGUUUCUUUGGGAAGCUCCUGGGACAGGAGUUGGACCCACUCAAGAAUGUGCUGGUGACCGUGGGUGCCUACGGGGCUCUGUUCACAGCCUUCCAGGCCCUGGUGGACGAAGGAGACGAGGUCAUCAUCAUCGAACCUUUUUUUGACUGUUAUGAGUCCAUGACAUUGAUGGCCGGGGGUCACCCUGUGUUUGUAUCCCUGAAGCCGAGCCCCACCGGGGAUGGGGACCUAGACUCCAGCAACAACUGGCAGCUGGACCCCACAGAACUGGCCAGCAAGUUCACGUCCAGGACCAAAGCUCUGGUCCUCAACACACCCAACAACCCCCUGGGAAAGGUGUUCUCCAAGGCAGAGCUGGAGCUGGUGGCCAGCCUGUGCCAACAGCAUGAUGUGCUGUGUUUUGCAGACGAGGUGUACCAGUUGCUGGUCUAUGAUGGAGUCCAGCACAUCAGCAUUGCCAGCCUCCCUGGCAUGUGGGACCGGACCCUGACCAUCAGCAGUGCUGGCAAAAUAUUUGGUGCCACAGGCUGGAAGGUGGGCUGGGUCCUGGGCCCAAAUCAUAUCCUGAGGCACCUGCAGACUGUGCACCAGAAUUCUGUCUUUCACUGUCCUACACAGGCCCAGGCUGCAGUAGCCAAGAGCUUUGAGUGGGAGCAGCUCCACAUGGGCCAACCCGGCAGCUACUUCGCGGAGUUCCCAAAGGCCAUGCAGCGCAACCGUGACCACAUGAUACACAGCCUGCAGACUGUGGGCCUGAAGCCUGUGGUGCCCCAUGGAGGCUACUUCCUCAUUGCCGACAUCUCGGACUUUAAAAGCAAGAUGCCUGACUUGCCUGGUGCUGCAGAGGAGCCGUAUGACAGACGCUUUGUCAAGUGGAUGAUCAUAAACAAGCGUGCCACAUCAGAAGGACUUCGACCACUACAUCCGCUUCUGUUUUGUGAAGCUUUCUCCACUUCGUGGAGGAUGGGACUGCUCUGUGACACAGGAUGUUCCCAGGAAGAGCCCCUUCUUGGUGUUGGGGGUCUCAGCAGUCCCCUCUCACAGUGCCUGUGCUCCUGUCUCAGAGGCAAAAGAGGUCUGACCUCAGCCUCUCCUUCCCCCUCCCUCGUUUGGUUUUUGGGUUUUGAGUGUCUUCUGUCCUCCCCAGACUUGGUUGGAACCACACGGGCAGAGUUUGAGGCCUGGAGUCCCAGCGGCGUUCUCAGCCCUGCCUGGGCCCUCCUGGGGCUCAGGCAUCAUCUCACCUCGCCUUAUCUCAGCCUGUCUCUGGGAGUUCAGCUCCGGGCUUGAGUCCUUUUUGCCCAUAAUAAAGUUUUAAGUUUGCAAACCUAGCUUCUGUCUGCUUCAGACC